AUGAAAGUACUGACAGAGGGUCCAUUGGCAAAAAUACUGAGGAAGCCAGAUUGUAUAGAGAGGCUGAUAGGCUGGUCAAUCGAGCUGAGUGAGUUCGAUAUAGAAUACGAGCCAAGGAAAGCCAUUGAAGGGCAAACGAUGGCAGAUUUUGUAGCAGAAUUCUCAGAUUUUCCCCUGGAGGAGGUAAUAGCACCGUCAAGAAAGCCCUGGGUAUUGUUUAUACAUGGGUCGUCCUGCCGAAUAGGUGGAGGCCAGGGGAUACAUUUACUGAGCCCUGACGGUCGGGAGCGGUAUUACAUGGUCACACUAGCAUUCAAAGUAACCAACAAUGAAGUUGAGUAUGAAGCGUUGAUAGCGGGUUUGUCUGUGGCCACCUUGAUAGGGGCAAUCGAAGUAGACACCAGGUCAGAUUCACAAGUAGUAGUAAAUCAAGUUUUGGGCCUGUACAUUGCAAAGGGUGAAAAGUUGAAGAAAUAUCUUGCACGAGUUCGGGAAAUACGCGAUCUCUUCUCAUACUUUGCUAUAACUCAGAUUCCAAGUGCGGACAACGAGGUCACAAACCGAUUGGCACGAGCAGCAUCAGGAGGGGAGGAGGUACCCCUACCAUGGCCAGUCGAGAGUAGGGUCGUCGAGGUCCCUGCUGUGGGCCUCGAAGUAGGAGUUCUGGGGUCAAGUACCCCAGACUGGGCGAGUAGUAUAGUGGAGUACUUGGAUGGAGGAAAAUUGCCGGAAGCAAGAGAAGAUGCAAGAAAGGUAAAGAAAAGGACGGACAGGUUCCUACUCAUCGAUGAGAUCCUUUAUAAAAGAGGCUUCUCCGUUCCGUUACUGAUAUGCAUCUCCGUACAAGAAGUACAGUAUCUCCUGGCUGAGAUACACGAAGGGAUAUGUGGAAACCACAGUGGGGGAAGAACCUUGGCUAGGAAAGCGGUCCGGGCAGGAUAUUACUGGCCUAAUGCUCUAAGGGAUGUGCGGGAGUUCGCCAAGAGGUGUGCAAAAUGCCAGACAUACGCACCUAUACCUCAUGCCCAUCCGGAGGAACUAGCAUUAGUAACAACGCCAUGGCCAUUCGCCCAGUGGGGGGUAGAUCUGGUGGGACCAUUCCUGCCAGGAAAAUGUGUUCGACUCAAAUCACUACAGAGAAUGGUGUGCGGAGUUAAGGAUCAAGGUAAAGUACUUUUCCCGGGCCACCCCCAAGCAAAUGGUCAAGCUAAGGCAACGAACAAGGCAUUACUCUCAAUCCUCAAGAAAAAGGUCGUGGAGAAGAAAGGAGAUUGGGCAGACGAGCUGCUAGGGGUACUCUGGGCAUAUAGAACUACAGCAAAAACUCCAACAGGGGAAUUUCCGUUUACGCUAGCAUACGGAUGCGAGGCAGUUACAGCAGUAGAAGUAGGGCUGCCAACCUACAGAAUGAGCCAUUUCUCGGGUACCUGGAAUAACAAAAAGAUAGAAGAAUACCUCGACUUACUCGAAGAAGAAAGAGAGAUAGCCGAGGCUCGAAUGCUGUAA